CGUGAAUACAGUACUGUAUAGACAAACGCGCUGUCGCGGACCAGCUGACCGACGCGUCUACCUGGCGGCCAUAUUGGAAGGGGCGACUUUCCCGUCAAAGUCAACGGAUCCAUCCAUCAAUCCAUCCAUUUUCUAAUCCGGUUAUUCUCAUGAGGGCCCCAGGCAUGCUGGAGCCUGUAUUUAGAGCACAUAGACAAACAUUCAUACUCAUAGUCACACCUAGGCGGGAAUUUAGAGUGUUCAAUUUAACUCCAUGCAUGUUUUUGGAAUGUGGCACGAAACGGGAGGACCCGGAGAAAACCCAGGCACGGGGAGAACAUGCAAACUCCACACAGGAAUACUAGGACCUGGGAUCGAAGCCGGCACCUCUGCACCAUGAGGCCGACCGACAUGCUAACUAGUUGACUGACUUUUUCUAAAAAUAUUAAAACAUUUUAGAAAUCAGCAUCUCUGAUUAAAAUUUGCUUUUGGGCAGUGUCAUUGGAUGUUAAUUUUUUGACCUGCCUGCUGACCUGACCUUGCACAAAGGCCCGUGUGUAUUUUGGCAGGUGUCAGCGGUCUGCCACGUCUGAUAAGAAGCGCGUGGCUUUGCGGGCGCCACGUUGUCAGAAGUGAGAGAACCCUUGGUGAACAUGUCGGGACUCAAUGCCUCCCUGGGCUACUUUGUGGCGUGCGUAGUCUUGGCGGCCACGCUGCAGGCACCGCUGAAAAGGUGGCCGCGGCUUGCCUUCCUAUCCGAGUUGUUGUCGUCGUUCAUGUUAGUGGCGUGCCGGCUGGAGGUUCAGACCAUCGUGGAGGUGGGUGAGUGGGCCGGGGGCUUGGGCCCGGACGUGACGCUGACCAUUUUGUUGGCGGUACUACUGGUCCACGGCGCGGUCUGCGGCGACCAUUCGGGGAAUCCCAGCGUGAGCGCGAUAAGGUUCCUUCAGCUGGACACCGCGGCGCUCGCCACCGUCCUGGCCCUCGCUUCCCAAUUCCUGGGGGCCCACCUGGCCAUGUUGGCGGCGGAGUACUACUGGAGCCUGGAGCUGACCGACAUGCACAUGAUCAAGAACCUGAUGGCCAGGGAGUGCAGCACGUCGUUGCUGGUCUCACCCAUACAGGGCUUCUUCACCGAGGGAGUGUGCGCGCUCCUCUUUCACCUGGUGCAACUCUUCCUGAGACGGAGGAGCGCACUCGUCCGGGUGCCCGUGGGAGCCAUAUUACUCACCUUCCUAUCACACAUAGCCAAAGGUUACACGUCAUCUUACAUCAAUCCCUCGCUAGCUUACAGCCUCACUUUCUACUGCUCUGGAUUCACCUUUGCAGAAUACGCGCUCGUCUACUGGCUGGCCCCCAUCACGGGUAAACUGCAUUCACGUACAUACCGUCUGCGUGUGUGCGUGUAUAUUUUGCGGAGCGUCUGCCCAUCUAUCCAGCGUUACGUUCACACGAGUGAGUCUGUGUGCAUUUCCAGGAAUGAUCUUGGCCCUCCUUUUGUACAUGGGCCACAUCCCAAGGAUCUUUGCCAAGAACCUGCUCUAUUUUCACAAGACGCGUUUCCGGGCGCCAAAAGGAGGAGAAAAAGAGAAGAAGAAGAAAUGAACGCCAUUCCGUUUUGUUUUCUUAUCUUUCUUUUUUAACAACAUUCAAAUGCUACAUGAAAUCGAGAAUAAACAAAUGUUGCUCGUUUUCAAUAAAGCUAAUUUGAAAAAAAUGAUGGGUAGGGUGGGGAAUCUUUGCUUUGGCCUGACCACACAAACAGAAAAUAGCCAAGAUUUUCAGGAAGG